AAUGUAUCAUGGCUAGAGGAGAAGGAGAAGGAGGUCGUCAGUGCAUUGCGCUACUUUAAGACUAUUGUGGACAAAAUGGCAAUUGAUAAGAAAGUAUUAGAGAUGCUGCCAGGCUCAGCAAGUAAAGUGCUGGAAGCCAUCCUGCCCUUGGUGCAAACUGAUCCACGCAUCCAGCAAAGUUCUGCCAUCUCGUCCUGCUAUAGCCGUGUGUACCAGAGUCUGGCCAAUCUCAUUCGCUGGUCUGAUCAAGUGAUGCUGGAAGGUGUGAAUUCAGAAGACAAGGAAAUGGUGACAACAGUGAAGGGUGUCAUAAAAGCUGUUCUGGAUGGAGUCAAGGAGCUGGUCAGACUCACGAUUGAAAAGCAGGAGCAUCCCUCUCCCACAAGUCCGGUUAAACCCAGUUUACCAGCAUGUAAAUCAGACAGCCCAUCAGAACUUCCCCUUACAGACCGAGAAAUGGAGAUCCUCAACAAAACGACUAAUAUGACUCAAUCCAACGAGCUACUGACAGAUUCCAUGGACGAAGAAGUUGCACCUCCUAAACCUCCUCUACCUAGCAUUCGUGUGGCAGAAAACAGCCCUCCACCAGCAUUGCCCCCUAAAAAACGGCAGUCGGCACCUUCCCCAACCAGAGUGGCAGUGGUGGCCCCCAUGAGUCGAGCCACCAGUGGGUCCAGUUUACCUGUUGGAAUCAACAGACAGGAUUUUGACGUUGACUGCUAUGCCCAGAGAAGGUUGUCGGGUGGAAGCCACUCCUAUGGGGGGGAGUCUCCUCGCCUCUCGCCGUGCAGUAGCAUCGGCAAACUCAGCAAGUCUGACGAGCAGCUCUCUUCUCUGGACCGCGACAGCGGUCAGUGCUCCCGCAACACAAGCUGUGAAACGUUAGAUCAAUCGGAUCAUUAUGAUCCAGACUAUGAAUUCCUGCAGCAGGACCUCUCGAAUGCUGAUCAGAUACCUCAGCAGGUGCCAGCUAUCCUCAGCCCGUUGCCAGAGUCCUUGGGUGAGUCUGGCUCCCCUUUCCAUGGACAUGCUUUCCAGCUCCCGCAGGGCAGCUCUCCACCACUGGAAUUCUGCAGCCUCUCGGGAGCAGCGCAGCCAACAGAGACUCCUCCAGCUUUGCCAGAAAAGAAGAGGAGGAGUGCAGCCUCUCAGACUUCAGAUAACUCGGGCUGCAGGGUGUCCUAUGAGAGGCACCCUUCCCAAUAUGAUAACAUCUCGGAGGAUGACAUGCAGAAUGCAGUGUCUGUCCCAUCAGUAACCUUCACACCGUUUGCUGCUGUUUUGCCUUUCCAACAAGGAAACUCUUCAGCACCAGAUGAAUUCAUUGCUGACUUUGCUGCUCCAGAUUCUAACAGUGACCCAGAGAAGCCACCACCGCUGCCAGAGAAGAAAAACAAACACAUGAUGGCAUAUAUGCAGUUUGUGGAAGACUAUUCAGAGCCGCAGCCGUCCAUGUUCUACCAGACCCCUCAGAACGAGCACAUCUACCAGCAGAAGAACAAGCACCUCAUGGAAGUCUAUGGGAUCAACGACUCCUUUAUCAGCUCAGAUCCCUCUCAAGAUCUGGCACCUCCUCCUGCUCUCCCACCCAAACAGCGGCAGCUGGAGGCAAAUUUUGCUGCAAAAUCUUUCUCUCCUGUCUCCUACUGUGUCCAGCAAACUAAAGUGCCCUUCACCCCCGAGGACUCCGGUGCCACUCAGGGCCUCACUAUGUCAGUCUCUAACUCCUUUCUCAACCGGCACAGCUCCUUUCCUGUGCAUUCGUACAAAUCUGUGUUUAGGUCCUACUCCCAGGACUUUGUGCCUCACAACCAAGUCUCCAUACCUCCUUUCCUCUCUUCUACCUCCUCCUCCUGCUCCACCCCACCUUUUCCGCCCGUCCAUCCAUCUCAGAGCUCUGACCUAGCGGUGCCCGCCGCAGCCAGCCAGUCACCCAGCACUGUGGAUGUGCCAAACUCCUCUUCUCAGGAGAGCAGCUUUAACGGGAAUGCUCCUGUCUGCCUUCCUUCUGAAACCUCUUUCACUGAUUCUCUCCAGACGCCUUCGAGUGAAAAUGCCAGUGAGGAGGCUGGUGAGGGUGAAUAUGUCAAUCUGUAUUCCUCUGGCCAGAGCAACGGGGAACUCCCUCGCUCUGAAGGAGAAUCUCCCUCUGUCAAAGACGGCCACUCCAAAGACUCCACUUCAAACAGCAGUGCCAUGGGGAAGGAAGGCAAAGAUGGUGCUGAGAGGCAGCAGCAGUCACCAGAUGCUUUGGAAUCGUCACAGUUGGAGGAAGAGGUAGAUGAGCUGUCCCUUAUCGACCACAGUGAAAUUAUGGCUAGGUUAACGCUGAAGCAAGAGGGAGAUGAUGGGCCAGAUGUUCGUGGUGGAUCCGGAGACAUUUUGUUAGUGCAUGCAACAGAGACCGACAGGAAAGAUCUGGUGCUCUACUGUGAAGCCUUUCUGACUACGUACAGGACGUUUAUUACUCCUGAAGAGCUCAUCAAGAAGCUGCAGUACAGAUAUGAGAAGUUUUGCCACUUCCCAGACACGUUUAAGAAGCGAGUCAGUAAGAACACCUUCUUCGUGCUGGUGAGAGUGGUGGAUGAGCUGUGCUUAGUGGAGUUGACAGACGAAAUUCUCAAGCUGCUGAUGGACCUGGUCUUCCGGCUGGUCUGCAACGGCGAGCUGAGCCUUGCCAGAGUGUUACGCAAGAAUAUCCUUGAUAAAGUGGAUCAGAAGAAAAUGCUGAGCUAUGCCAAUUCCAUCAAACCUCUUGCAGCCCGUGGGGUGGCAGCCAGGCCAGGGACCCUGCAUGAUUUCCACAGUCAUGAAAUAGCCGAGCAGCUGACCCUCCUAGACGCUGAACUCUUCUAUAAAAUUGAGAUCCCAGAAGUUCUGCUGUGGGCAAAGGAGCAAAACGAAGAGAAGAGCCCCAACCUGACACAGUUCACAGAGCACUUUAAUAACAUGUCCUACUGGGUCCGUUCAAUAAUUAUGCUACAAGAGAAAGCCCAAGACCGAGAGAGGCUGCUCCUUAAAUUUAUAAAGAUUAUGAAGCACUUACGAAAGCUGAAUAAUUUUAAUUCCUAUCUGGCCAUACUUUCCGCACUGGAUUCUGCACCCAUCCGAAGGCUGGAGUGGCAGAAACAAACCUCAGAGGGCCUGGCCGAGUACUGCACACUGAUCGACAGCUCCUCGUCCUUCCGCGCCUACCGAGCAGCUCUGGCUGAUGUGGAGCCUCCCUGCAUACCUUACCUAGGCCUUAUUCUGCAGGACCUGACCUUUGUUCAUCUGGGAAACCCUGAUUACAUCGAAAGCAAAGUGAACUUUUCCAAGCGCUGGCAGCAGUUUAACAUCCUGGACAGCAUGAGGUGCUUCCAACAAGUACAUUACGACAUCAAAAGAAACGACGACAUAGUGUCGUUCUUCAACGAUUUCAGCGACCACCUGGCUGAGGAGGCCCUGUGGGAACUGUCACUCAAAAUCAAACCUCGGAACAUUACGAGGCGGAAAACAGACCGAGAAGAGAAAACCUAGGAGGAGGGGUUGUGCGAGCGAGGAGAAUUGCUCCGCAGACGCGCCGAGGGCAGCUAUGAGACUGGAGUUCAAUGUUUGUACCUGUUACUGGAUGAGGCACCCUCCCUCCCAGCUGGCAGCGGUCCCUGGGCGUGCGAACGCCGGGCUCUCGCAGCAGGCGAGAAGCGAGCGCGCGGGUCAGCCGCGAAGGGCAGAGAUCAGCCGGUGCUCG